AUGCCAUAUAGCAACUUGAGACAACUCUGCAAAAGAGCAAACUUUCUUCCUUCGUUGAAGAUCCUUGACGUCAGCCAUUCCCAUGGCCUUACUGAAAUCAUUGACUUCUCACUUUGCCCCAAACUAGAGGAAUUGAUUCUUGUGGAUUGCACCAGCCUGAUUGAUGUUCAUGAAUCCAUUGGAAACCUGGAGAGACUCGUGUACUUGAAUAUGAGGGAUUGCAAGAAUCUUAGGAUGCUUCCGAAGAACAUGUGCAUGCUUAAAUCACUUGAAACACUCAUUUUAUCUGGUUGCUCAAAUCUUGAUGAGUUUCCAGUGGAGAUGAUGAAGGAGAUGGAGUCUCUAGAGGUUCUUGCAACAGAUGGAAUUCCAUUAAGGCUAGAAAGAAGUUCAACUAUCUUGAGUUCUUUUCCAUGCUCUUUGGUAAAGUUAAGUCUGAAGGGGUGCAAUCUUUCUGACGAUGUCUUUCCUACGGAUUUAAGUAAUCUAUCCUACUUGCGAAGCCUACAUUUAGAUGGGAAUCCAAUUUGCAGUAUGCCAGUUUUCAUCAAAGGUUUGAGAAGGCUCGAUCAUCUAUCUUUCUGGGAUUGUAAUAGGCUUGAAUCGCUUGUGGGGUUGCCAAAAGUACACCAAUAUACAAGUAUAGAAGGAUGCAUAUCAUUAAGAAAAAUAAAAUAUCUUCACCAUGAGCAACGGUCUGAAAGGUACUAUGUGGGUGGCAACCACAAUCUAGUUGAGUGGGAGCAUAGAUACAAGAUAGAGCCUAUUGAUAGAGUUGAUGUGGAAAUAAUCAAACUUUUGGGCUUGUGCAACUUGGAAUCCAUGCCAGCUGUUCGAAUGCAUAAUCCACACACAAUCGUUGAUCAAAAAGUGGUCCCCGUCCAGGGACUGUAUCAAUAUGGUAUAUUCAGCACAUUUUUUGCUGGGAAUGAGGUUCCAGGCCGGUUCAGUUAUCAAAGUACCAAGUCCUCCAUAUCUUUUAUAGUCCCUUCACUACUUGCUAGUCACAGAAUUCGAGGCUUGAACAUCUUUGCUACCUAUGCAAACGAGGGGAAUUAUAAUGAUCUAUCGCCCAUAUAUCAACCAAUACUGACUAAAGUGAGUAACAAGAGCAAGGGUCUGAAGUGGAUCUAUCGCCCAGAUUUCUAUGGAAUUCCAGGAGAGGGAGAAGAUAUGAUAUGGUUGAGCCAUUGGAAGAUGGAGAACGAAACAAUAUUACAAUGUGGAGAUCAAGUGGUGGUUUCUGUAGUGGCCGAUGAGUUGUUUAUAAAGGAGUUUGGUGUCGAGCUUGUGCAAGAACACCAGAAUAAUAUAAUGACAAGUACCCAACACAACACCAAAUCAGAUCCUAAUUAUCCAUAUGUCAUCGGUGGAGAUUUGUCCAAGUGGGAGCAUAUACCAGGAAUAUACUUCCUUGGUUACCGUAAAGACUAUGUUGAACAGACUAUGAAAUCUCCGCGGAGUAUUUUAUAUCGCCUCAUCAUGGACACUGAUAAAGAAGACAUUGGUAUGUUUCCGCGGACAUUUUUAAAUCGCCUCAUCAUGGAAAGUGAUGAAGAAGACACAGACAAAGAAGAAGGGCAGGAGGAUGAACCUGAUUACACAAUUGGAAGGACGAGGGAUGCCAAUAACAAUUGCGGCCUCAAAGGCUGGAAGGUGCUCCUUACAGCUGCCGGCUUAUUUUUCACGCUUGCCCUAGUAGUUCGGUCCUCCAUCUCCCAGAAAAAGAAGCAACAGUAGUCCACAAACGAUCCAUGAGUUUGUAAUUUUACUUGACACAGACAUCUUUGGAUUCCCUCCUUGUUUUCAAGAUGUUUUCUGCCUUUAAAAACUUCGGGUUCAAAGCUAAGCGCUUAACCACUUGAGAUAUAAAGGCCCCCAGCAAUUAGAUAUCGAA